UAAAGUGAAUAACUACCCAAAACAGAAUCCGUUUACAAUCUUUUUUUUUAUAUAUAAACCUUCAGUUUUCUACAUUCUCCCACAGUCACUGCCGUUCGCCGAAACCAUAUGGCUAAAGACGGUGGAAACAAAUUCGCCCGUAGAGACCGUCUUCGCGAGAUCGAAGCCAAAGUUCAACAAUGGUGGGAACAAGAACAAGUUUUCAAAUCUGAACCUGGUGAAAAGCCUCCCGAACCAGGUCAAAAAUUCUUCGGGACUCUCCCUUUUCCUUACAUGAACGGUUACUUGCACUUAGGUCACGCUUUUUCCCUUUCCAAACUUGAAUUUGCCGCCGCGUUUCAUCGUCUAUGUGGUGCAAACGUGCUUUUGCCUUUCGCUUUUCAUUGUACUGGUAUGCCGAUUCAGGCUGCUGCUGGUAAACUUGCUAGAGAGAUUCAACAGUUUGGUAAUCCUCCGGUUUUUCCUGAUGAAGUUGAGGAACAGAGUGUUGGAGAUGAGAAUGAAAGUGGUGCUCCGGCUAAAUUUAAAGGAAAGAAAUCUAAGGUUGCUGCGAAAUCGAGUGGACAGGCUUAUCAAUGGGAGAUUUUGAGGAGUGUUGGGAUAUCUGAUGCUGAGAUUCCGGAGUUUCGAGAUCCUUAUAAGUGGUUAUCUUAUUUUCCGCCGUUGGCUAUGGAGGAUCUUAAGGCUUUUGGUUUGGGUUGUGAUUGGAGAAGGUCGUUCGUUACGACCGAUAUGAAUCCUUACUUUGAUUCUUUUGUUAGGUGGCAGAUGAGGAAAUUGAAGUCGUUGGGGAAGGUUGUUAAGGAUGUUAGGUAUACAAUUUUUUCACCUUUGGAUGGACAACCCUGUGGUGAUCAUGAUAGGGCUAGUGGGGAAGGUGCUCAGCCUCAAGAGUAUACUAUUAUUAAGAUGGAGUUGGUAUCACCUUUUCCUAAAAAGUUUAAGGUUUUGGAAGGAAAGAAGGUUUUUCUUGCUGCGGCGACGUUGAGACCCGAGACUAUGUAUGGUCAAACAAAUGCAUGGGUGUUGCCUGAUGGGAAAUAUGGUGCAUUUGAAAUUAAUGAAACUGAGAUUUUUGUUAUGACGCGUCGGGCUGCUCUUAAUCUUGCUUAUCAGAAUCACUCUAGGGUACCACAGAAACCAACUUGCUUGCUUGAGCUUACAGGUCAUGAUUUGAUUGGACUUCCAUUGAAAUCUCCUCUUUCGUUUAAUGAAAUUAUAUAUGCUCUCCCUAUGUUGUCUAUUUUGAUGGAUAAAGGUACCGGGUUGGUGACCAGUGUGCCUAGUGAUGCUCCUGAUGAUUACAUGGCAUUGCAUGAUUUGAAAUCAAACCCGGCGUUUAGGGAAAAGUAUGGUGUGAAAGAUGAAUGGGUGUUGCCGUUUGAGAUUGUGCCUAUCAUUGAUGUUCCGUCGUUUGGAAAUAAGUCCGCUGAGACGGUUUGCUUGCAGUUGGAAAUUAAAAGUCAGAACGAGAAAGACAAGCUUGAAAAGGCCAAGAAGGAAACAUACUUGAAAGGAUUCAAUGAGGGAACUAUGAUUGUUGGAGAAUUUUCCGGGAAGAAAGUUCAGGAAGCUAAGCCCUUGAUUAGGAGCAAGCUUUUGAAAACAGGUCAAGCUAUUGUGUACAGUGAGCCCGAGAAGCGGGUGAUGUCAAGAUCUGGUGAUGAAUGUGUUGUAGCUCUGACAGAUCAGUGGUACAUUACAUACGGGGAAUCAGAAUGGAAGAAGUUAGCUGAUGAAUGCCUGUCUAACAUGAGCCUGUAUUCCGAGAAGACGCGACAUGAAUUUCAGCAUAGCUUAGGCUGGUUGAACCAGUGGGCUUGCUCACGAUCAUUUGGUCUUGGGACACGCAUACCAUGGGAUGAACAGUUCCUAGUUGAGUCUUUAUCGGAUUCUACCAUUUACAUGGCUUAUUACACUAUUGCACAUUAUUUGCAGGAUGGUGACAUGUAUGGAUCCAGUGAAUCAUCUAUCAAACCUCAACAUCUGACUGAUGAUGUCUGGGAUUAUAUUUUCUGCGAUGGGCCUCUCCCUAAGGCCAUCGAUAUUUCGUCUUCCCUUUUAGAAAGAAUGAAGCUCGAGUUUGAGUACUGGUAUCCAUUUGAUCUCAGGGUUUCUGGUAAAGAUCUUAUCUCAAAUCACCUUACCUUCUGCAUUUACAACCAUACUGCAAUUAUGCCCAAACAUCACUGGCCGCGUGGGUUUAGAUGCAAUGGCCACAUAACGCUCAAUUCGGAGAAAAUGUCCAAGUCCACUGGAAAUUUCAAAACUAUUCGUCAGGCAAUUGAGGAGUUUUCUGCUGAUGCUACACGGUUCUCUUUGGCUGAUGCUGGUGAUGGUGUUGAUGAUGCAAAUUUUGUCCCUGAGACAGCAAAUCAGGCAAUUCUCAAGCUCACCAAAGAGCUUGCAUGGUAUGAAUCAAUUUUGGCUGCAGAGUCUUCUAUGAGAACGGGUGCCCCGUCUACUUUUGCUGAUCAUGUGUUUGCCAAUGCAAUAAACAUUGCCAUCAAAACAACUGAGCAAAAUUACACCAACUACAUGUUUCGAGAAGCCCUUAAGAGUGGCUUUAAUGUUCUUCGGACUGCAAGGGAUAAGUAUAGAUCGACAUAUAAGGAUAAUAUAGAAGAUUACAAUCAUGACUUGGUGUGGCGUUUUAUGGAUGUACAGACACGUCUUUUGGCACCUAUCUGUCCACAUUAUGCAGAGUUUGUUUGGAGAGAGAUUUUGAAGAAGGAUGGUUUUGUGGUGAAGGCAGGUUGGCCAACAGUGGAUGCUCCUGACCUUACACUAAAGAUUGCCAACAAAUAUCUACAGGAUUCUAUUGCGCGGAUUAGGGAUUCGCUUCCAAAGAAAAGAAAUAAGAAAUCCGCUCCAGUUGUAACGCCAGCACAAAUCAAGGGAAGAUGCUUGGUAUAUGUGAAUGAGCAAUAUGACGGCUGGAAAGCUGAGUGCCUUGGUAUUCUCCAAAAUAGCUUUAACAUAGAUACUCGAACUUUUCCUCCAAAGUCAGAAAUAAAGGAGGCUUUACAACAGAUUUUUAUAGGUAAAUCUUUGGAAUUUAAACAAAUUCAGGAGUUAUGUAUGCCUUUCUUGGAUACUAAGAUGAAAGAAGCAAUUGCACUUGGGGCACAGGCCUUGGAUUUGAGAUUGCCAUUUGGUGAAGUUGAGUUUCUUAGGGAAAACUCAGACUUGAUUAUGAGUCGGGUAAGUUCAAAAGAUGUGGUUGUAGAAGAUUUGGAUAUUGUAUUUGCUGCAGAUGCUGAUUCUGUGGCUAAAGCUGGAUCUCUUGUAACUAAAUUAAACCAGUAUCCUCCAUCCCCUGGAAAUCCUACUUCCAUCUUCUUACCUAAAUAAGUAGCUACUAAUUAUAUUUUAA